GAGCAUUCACUUUAGAAGGCUGGGGAUUUAAGCCGAGUCAAGUGAGUCCAAACGCUCGAGAAAGAAAACAAACCCUGUUGAUUUUCCAAGCUGAGAAAAUGGUGAAUCUCAUGUUGAUGAUCACCGCAGAGCUCGAGAAUCUGACCAAUCUCCAGCCUCAAGGUGGUUGUGACGAUCCCAACUUCACCUACUACUUCAAGAUGAGAUGUGGGAAUUGCGGAGAGGUGACUCAGAAAGAGACAUGUGUCAGUUUGAAUGAAACAGUUUCUCUCCACCAGGGCAAGAAUACCACUAAUCUUGUUCAGAAGUGUAAGUUUUGUGGAAGGGACGGAACUGUGACAAUGAUCACUGGCCGAGGCCGUCCACUGACCCAAGAAAUGAGUCAAUCAGGGAAACAUACCCCGCUGAUGUUAUUUGACUGUAGGGGUUACGAACCUGUGGAGUUUUUGUUUGGCAGUGGUUGGAAAGUCGAAUCUCUCGAAGGUACUAAAUUUGAUGAUGUGGAUUUGUCGGAAGGCGAGUUUGCUGAAUAUGAUGAGAAAGGACAGUGCCCGGUUAUGAUAUCUAACCUCCGUGCUGUUUUCAAUGUGGUGAAGUAGGUGUUGCUAUUGUCGGCGCAUUUCCCACUGGUUUAUAGAAGAAAUGGAUAUAGACUAACUGCUUUCCUUUAGACACUGUAAAUAAGUAUGACAUCAUAUGUUGCAGGCAGUUAAUUGUCUGUGGUCUGGUGUACGUUUCAACUGGAAGUAAGUCUUGUGGAGAGACUAAUCAAAUGCUUUCUAUGCAUCAUGAUUCAUGGUUGUUAGGAAUUUGUGAUUUGUAAUAUUCACAUGAGUCAUUACUGGACACAGUUUUUUGAUGCAGAUAGGUGCACAAGUUGGGGCACAUUGUUAGAUUAUAGUGAAUGUCUGACGCUUGUGCAUGUUGGAAAAAGGUUUAUAAUUGUUGCCCUUGCAGUAAGGGCAAAUAUGGAAUUUCAUACAUUUUUGGAAAGAGUGAGUGAGCUUGUAGCCACACUGAACUAGUUUCUCUCUACACCCAAUACAUGGAUCGUGCACUUUGUACUUCAAGAAAUACUUGUACCAGAGAAUGUGGGUCUAGAGAAAAAUAUGUUGGGUGUUAGAAGUUCUCCCAUGAAGGCCACUUUUGUUGUAGUAAAAAUAAUGUGCAUUCUAGUUGCCUA